UGAAUACCAUUGAAAGAACACAACAGUGGUGAGCGAACAAAAUAGCCAUGGAGAUCAAAGUUGAGAUCAUCAAUAGAGAGCUAAUAAAACCUUCUUCUCCAACUCCCCAUCACCUUAGAUGCUUCGACCUCUGCCUCCUAGAUCAGCUCCAACCCAAAGUUUUUAUACCAUUGGUGCUAUUCUACUCCAACAACAGUACUGUCAACCCUUCUGAUCUUCCCCAUUUCAAGGCUGCAGAUAUAUCCCAUAGGCUAAAGACAUCAUUGUCUGAAACUCUGAGUCGUUUCUACCCACUUGCUGGGAGAGUCAAAGAUAAUGUCUCAAUCGAGUGCAACGAUGCUGGAAUUGAUUAUUUGGAAGCUCGAGUCAACUGCAGUCAAUCAGACAUUCUUGAACGACCUGAACAGAAAAUGUUGUACCACUUUCUUCCGAAAGAGAUUGUAUGUCCGCAACCAAGCACAGAACGUUUGGUUCUAGUUCAAGUUACUUUCUUUGAUUGUGGAGGAAUGGCCAUUGGGGUCUGCGUUUCCCACAUGUUAGCCGAUGCAGCCACGACUUGCAUGUUUAUAGACAGCUGGGCUCGCGCGGCACUUGCUACACGUGCGUCUGAUAUAGCAGUGCUUCUACCUGAAUUCAGUGCAGCAUCUCGCAUACCACCGAGAAUAGAGUUCAACAUCAGAUCGCCAUCCAGGAGAUUGGGGAACGGGACGACUGUUACAAGAAGGUAUGUGUUCCAUGCAUCAAACAUUGCUGCUCUGAAGGCAAAAGCCGCCAGCACUAAAGUUCCGCAGCCCACACGCAUAGAAGCAGUGUCAUCUCUCAUUUGGAAAUGUGCGAUAAUCGCCUCAAGGUCAAACCACCGAUCUCUAAUGCCAUCUAUGCUGACCCAAAUGAUGAAUAUCCGCGAAAAGCUUGUCCCACCAUUUCCCAAAAAUGCUUUUGGGAAUCUCGUGUGCACUUUUGGGGCACAAACAACGGAGAGUGAGAUACAGUUGCACAACUUGGUUAUUGAGUUAAGGAAAAGGAAAGAAGCCAUUUGUGAAGAUUAUGCAACAAAAUUAUAUGGGGACGAGGCUUUCUCUAUUGUUAGUGAGAAAUUCAAACAGCUUGGUAAUCUUCUGGCCUCAAAGGAUAUACACAACAUUUUCUUUUCCAGCUGGUGCAGAAAUCCACUAUAUGACGCUGACUUUGGGUGGGGGAAGCCAACGUGGGUGACUGUCGCUACUAUGGUGUUAAAUAAUCCCAUAGUUUUGAUGGAUACGAGAGAUGGGAGUGGAAUAGAAGCUUGGAUUACUCUCAGUGAAGAAGACAUGGCAUUAUUUGAACAUGACAAAGAGCUGCUUGAAUUUGCAUCCUUCAAUCCCAGUGUUCUGAAUUAAAUAUAUGGUCAGAAUUAUAUAUAACAUGGGAACAUAUAAUAUAUAGAAAAAUAACAUUAGACAAGGCAUGCAUGCAUGUUUUGCCCUCUGCCCAGCUGCCCUGCUAUUGUCCAAUUUAAAGGGAUCAAAAUAAUAUUGUACUCGCGUGAUCUUGAGAUCCUCUACAUGAUAUAGUUAUAAUAAGCUGUGUUCACUACGUGAUUAUUUAAUAAGACAUACAAAUUUAAAAGAUUA